AAGAGAUCCAGGAUGACCUUGCCCAUGAAGAAUCAGACCACCACAGUGACUGAGUUUAUUCUGCUUGGUUUUCCCAUCAGCAGAGAGUUGGAGCUACUGUUCUUUGUGCUUCUUCUGCCCACAUACCUGCUGACACUUCUGGGAAACAUCCUUAUCAUCUGUAUUGUUGUGUCCCACUCACGCCUCUAUACACCCAUGUACUUCUUCCUCUGCAAUCUCUCCAUCUUGGACAUCCUCUUCACCUCUGUCAUUUCCCCAAGGGUUCUGGCUAAUUUGGCCAUUGGGGGUAAGACCAUCUCCUUUGCUGGAUGUAUUACCCAGUGCUAUUUCUACUUCUUCCUGGGGACAGUGGAGUUUCUUCUACUGACCUCCAUGUCCUAUGACAGGUACGCUGCCAUCUGUAACCCACUGAGGUAUAGCACCAUCAUGAGUCCUUCUGUGUGCAUUGGGCUGGUUCUUUUCUCAUGGGUGGGUGGUUUCUUGUCUGUUCUUUUCCCCACCAUACUCAUCUCCAGAUUACCUUUCUGUGGCUCUAAUAUCAUAAACCACUUUUUCUGUGACAGUGGACCUCUAUUGGCCCUGGCCUGUGCAGACACAACAUCCAUUGAGCUGAUGGAUUUUCUGCUGUCAUCCACUGUCAUCCUCAUCUCUUUAAUUCUCAUUGGCUACUCCUAUACGUACAUCAUCAUGACUAUCUUACGCAUCCCAUCAGCCAGUGGGAGGAAGAAGGCCUUUAACACCUGUGCUUCUCACUUGACCGUUGUUGGGAUUGCUGGUGGGAUCACAGUCUUUAUCUAUGUGACUCCCUCUCAGAAAGAAACUUUGGAAAUCAACAAAAUACCCUCGGUAUUGAGCAGUGUGGUAGCACCUUUCCUCAACCCCUUCAUCUAUACCCUGCGCAAUGACACUGUACAUGGGAUACUUAGGGAAGUUUGGGUUGGUGUCAGAGCUUCAUUAGCCAAGAGGAGGUCACUCCUCCCCACCCACAUGCUGUUCCACAAAGGUCACUGA